AUGGCUGCAUCGGGUCCAACUACUACAGAGUCAUCGGUUCCUACGCAGGGUGCACUCGCUCUUGCUCUUGAUGAGCCUACUGCCGUGCCUGUGGAGCGGGUUACCGCUGUGGUUAUCCCCGCUUCAGGAGAUGCACCCGAGGGUGGCGAGUCUGUUUCUUCCGCCAGCGUGGAUGCCGAGGUGUUUGAGCGGGUGCCCGUGGAGGCAGCGACAGACGAGGUUACAGAGUAG